AUGCCAGACGGCAGCAAGUUUGAUGACCUUGGGCUCCUCGCCUUGGUCCGCAGUUGCAACAGCCCCUUCAAGCAGGACUGGGAUGUCGAGCAGCUGAUCGCUGAAGUCGAGCAGAAUCUUGGCACGACAGUCGUGGAUAUUCCGAUGCUGUACAAUGGCUCCAAUGACUACGGUUUCCAUCUAAAGCUAGACAAUCGGCCGGAUGUCGUUGUAAGACCAGCCCGCGGAGAGAUGAACAUGCCAAAGUUCGAUGGCUUUCCUCUUGCAGUCCAGGCCUCCGAAGUGGCGUUCGAAGCUGCAACAUACAGUCUACUCCUGAGUCAAUUUGAGAUCAAGUCUUCAAAGCUACUGUAUCACCGAAUACCCAAGCGUUGCGAAGGUAGCGGACAAGCACGAUCGAUAAAUCUGGUUGGCCGUCGAUUCAUGGUCUUUGAACAAGCUGAAAGUCAAGACUAUGUCUGGAGGUCCUUGGAUCAAGCAGGAGAGUGCGCCGAAAUUAGAGCAGCACUCCUCAACUUCGACGUACUGUAUGAGUUUGCGACAUCUUGGCUGCGAGAGCGACUCUUCGAGCAAACACCAGACAAGCUUCCGAUAGGUGUCGCAUCGACGCGUGACUUUUGUGUGGGGCUCUUUACGUCCAAGAUCGAAGCAACAAUCAAGAAAAUUGGCGACAUGAUCGGCUGGGAGAGUGAUCGAAACACUGUCGGUCCUCGCGCAGCUGCAGCCAAAAUUUCCUUGCUAAAGGUGAUUCCACACAUCUUGCCUCCAGAGGACGGCGACAAACCACUAAUAUACCGUCUCGUCCUUGAGCAUGGUGACUUCGGCACGCACAAUAUGUCUGUCAAGAUCGAUAGCGACGGGACACCCGUGGUAACAUCUUUGUACGACUGGGAGACCGGUUGUAUCACACCGGCUCUACUCUCGGACACCACCAUAUCUAUAGUAUCUGGUAAUCUCACAACUGCAGACAAUGCAGUCCCAGUGGUCAGCCGCGUGAAGAAGGGAUGCGACGGCCGCCGAGCUUGUCGAGCAUGUUGA